AUGGCUGGCACUUUAAAUGUUGUACGUUUUGGAGGAGUAUCCAAUGCUAGUCAUGUAGGAAACAGUUCCGCACCAACUUGCCAUCCUGCUCAAUUUACUGAAGCUGUAGUUUUAUUCUCUCUUGCAUUUUUAGGAAUGGGAGCUAAUUUAUUUUUGAUGUUGCUAAUUUUGAUAAAGAAACAGCUUAGAAGAUGGUCUCAAGGCCUAUUAUUUCAUCAAGGAUUGGUAGAUUGUAUUAGAGCAAGCCUGAUGAUACCUUUAGGAAUAAGUGUUUUGAUGUGUCAGCGCAUGCCUAAAUGUUCGAUAGUUGAAACUGCAUUCCUUCUCCUAGUUACAGUAUCAACUGUCAACAUACUGACAUCAGUUAUUAAUGAUGCUCCUCUCUUACCAGAACAAAAUGAAGUAUCUGAUGGACCCGAAGGAGGUUAUACAUUAAAUUCAGAAAACAAUCAUGUAGUUCUUGAUAGUCCUCAAUGUAUUGUCUUUGGUUUAUUUAUUAUAUGGUUUGCUAGUUUUACAAUUAACCUUGGACCAACUUUUUUGAGUGGAGCUUUAUCUUCAGGAAGAGAUGGUGUUGCUACUAUUGAUGCAUGUCCAAUGGUAUACGCUCCUGUUAGACAUUACGUGCUUAAUAUACUUUGGGUUACCGUUAAUGUAAUGUGCAUCAUUUUAACGGGCAUACAUCUGCGAAAAUUAUACAGGGACUUAACUAAAUCGAACUUAGAAGCGCUGCGCAUCGCUGGUUUAGUUACUACUAUGAUAUCAGUUAGGUCUGAAAGGGACUUAUGUGAAUCUCAGCAAAUUCAAAGCUACAUAAGUAGACUAGAAAAAGAAGGUGUACGAAGGGUUAAAAUGUUUGUCGUUCUUCUAGUAGCUUAUCUUUUAUUUUGGGGCCCUCUAUUUAUUGUAAUACUGAUACAACCCGGUAUUAAUGGACCUUCUUCAUCCUAUGAAAUGUCUUUACACGUUGCAUUUGCCCAUACAUUUGUCAAUCCUACUUUACUGCUAGUUCUUCAUAAGGAGCUAAGACAUGCUUCCGCUUCUGUAAGUUGUUGUCAUACUUGGUGUGAGCAAGAGGAUUCAGAACCACCUUAUGAACCAAGUCCAGCUAGCAGACUAAACAGAAGUUACAUGUGAGUAUGCCACAUUUUAUACAGAAAUAAGUUGCAUUUUAAUCGGAAAAAUUACUUUAGGAAACAGGUAAGAUCAUUUAAUUCAUGAUUCAUAAAAGUUUCAAAAAUAAUCAUUAAUAUUGUACAGUUUAGCUGCAACCCAGAACCCAGUUAUUUCAACAUCCUUUUCCUGUAUAGACUGUAUCAUUAGUAUAGAAUGCAAAAGAAAGUAAUUUUUAAUGGUUCAAGUUAUUUUAAACCUGUUUAAGAAAAAUCUUUUAUAGCUGAACUUAUCUUUGAACUUAUAUGAAUCUUUUAUAGCUUGAA